AUGGCCGAGAAUCCGGUUGGCAGAGCACGGCAAUACCGAUUGAAACAGAUGGUACAGAAUUCUCAAGGAAAGGACCUGGAAGACAUCAUGUCGGCGAGUGACAUGACUCGCGAAUCACCCACCACUACUCAUCCUCAUCACUCCCUACCUGAUCACCAGGAUCGUCUGCAACUCGCGAAUACGAUUACAGUCGUCGCUAGCAUCCGUGCUCUUGCCUGGCCAGUGGAUAUGGACUGUAACUCGACGAAGAUGCGAGGCGUUGGUGCGUCCGAUGGUCUCCGUGAAGCCGCGGAGGAAUAUCCAGCCAAAGCAGCCACUGAAACGGAACUCGUCCUCGCCAUAGAAGAUGCUACUGGCCUCGGCGAGCACGGUCUUAUUGAAACGAAGGAAGGGCAGAGUGACUUUUGCAGCUUGAGCCAUCUUCUCCAGCGGUAG